AUGUCCGGUCCCCACCGGACAUUCAGUUUCGAGCAGCGCGGUGAUGGGGAAGCACAUUCCUCCUUCAUGGACCACGCGAUGCACCCGCAGUACGACGAUGUCUCCCCGAUCUCCAACAUGAGCUCGUCCCCGGGUCAUAUGAACGAAACACAUCAUGGACUUGCGUCGGUGCCGGAAGACAAUCACCAGGGCUGGGGUCAGGCGCGAGGGCCGAGUCCGUCGAAUCGGACAGGCUUCACGGCGACGCCCGAAAUGGAUAACCUGGGUCCAGCGUCUGUGGGAGGCGGUAUAAGCGGUAUUGCUCUCGGUGUUGCCAAUAGUCAUGAUCGUCUGAGUGGGGUGGAGGCCCGGAGGGGCACAGAUGGCCAGGAGGCUAAUAUCCCUGCAGAACGAGGAUACAACACCACGGGGUCCGACAACCCGUACAUCCCCGCGCCGCCGGAUAUGGGAGGCUAUGGCAGCUCCGAGACGCUACAUCCGCGACAGUCGUACGGAUCCAAUGUCGCCUUGGGAGCUGCGGCUGGGCCGGCCGGCCAGUUGACGCCAGGCCACUCCGCCACGCAUCUCGGCACGUCGAACUCGUCGCAACGUAACCUCUACGAUGCCCCGUACCAGAGUGCUGGGGGGCUGAGUGCUGGUCCCUACCAACGGCAUUCUGCUUAUAGCUCCAACGAUCUUCCGCUCGACAUUAACCCGGAAGAGAUUGCCGAUGAUGGUGAUGAUGGCUUCGCGCCCGCUGGAAACUCCCGAUCCAGCGCUCGUAGGUCCCAGGCCGUCCCCGCUGCGGCUGGGGGUGCUGCAGCAGGCGGAGUGCUGGGAGGUAUUGGAGGGCUCUUCAACAACAGGAAUCCCGCUGAAACAUCAUACGAUCCCGUUCCUGGAGCAGGUCUUGAGGCCGGGGAGAAAAGCCAGUGGGUCAAACCGAAGCCUAGCACGGGUAGUCGAAAGCGAGGAUGGAUUAUUGGAGCGAUUCUAGCCGUCAUCAUUAUUGGAGCCAUCGUUGGCGGUGCAGUCGGCGGGACCAUUGGCCAUAAAGAUAGCGGAGACUCCGCCUCUGGGUCUUCAGCAUCCACGCAGUCAGCGAGCGGUGAUACGGACACCAACGGCGAUCUCGAUAAGAAUUCGGCCGAGAUUAAGGCGUUAAUGAACAACAAGGAUCUUCACAAAGUGUUCCCUGGAAUGGACUAUACCCCGUGGGGUGUCCAGUAUCCUCUGUGUCUCAAAUACCCUCCUUCGCAGAACAACGUCACUCGGGACAUGGCUGUGCUCGCUCAAUUGACGAACAAUGUCCGGCUGUAUGGCACCGACUGCAAUCAGACGGAGAUGGUGCUCCACGCAAUCGACAAACUCGACCUGAAGGACAUGAAAGUGUGGCUCGGAGUGUGGAUCGACACCAAUGAAACCACGUCACGAAGACAGAUAGAUCAGCUGUACAAGAUUGUCGACGAUGCCAAGGACAUUUCUAUUUUCAACGGUGCGAUCGUCGGCAACGAGGCGCUCUUCCGGGCGGGAGACAACAAGAUCACAGCCCAGGCCACCCUCACUAAAUACAUGCAGGAAGUGAGAGACCAUUUCAAGAAGCAUGAUAUCAAAAUGCCUAUCGCGACUUCGGAUCUCGGUGACAAUUGGAACGCCGAACUGGUGCAAAUAGCAGACGUGGUCAUGUCCAACGUCCAUCCAUUCUUUGGAGGUAUCCCCGUGGACCAAGCCGCAGCCUGGACCUGGCGAUUCUGGCAAGAUCACGAUGUCAUCUUGACUCAGGGUACCGACAAAAGGCAGGUCAUAUCUGAGGUCGGAUGGCCCAGCGGUGGAGGAAACGACUGUGGAAAAGGCGCGAACUGCCCCGACGAUACAUCGGGCGCCGUGGCCGGCAUCGACGAGUUGAAUAAGUUCAUGGAGGACUGGGUCUGUCAAGCCUUGGACAAUGGCACGGAUUAUUUCUGGUUCGAGGCAUUCGACGAGCCAUGGAAGAUCGAGUUCAACACGAAGAAUGAGAACUGGGAAGAUAAAUGGGGUCUUAUGGAUCCUGCUCGCAAACUCAAGUCCGGCCUCAAAAUUCCCGACUGCGGUGGUAAAACCGCAGCUUGA